GGAAGCGAGAGCGAAGCAGGAGAGGCAGAGGCCGCCAGCCACGCAGCCACGCGCGCCUCCACCCACUGAGCCACCCAGCCACCCACCCAAGUACUUUCCUUCCAUUCUGGUGGUGGGGGACUUUGGAGCAACUCCCACCGGCCUCUUCAGCUCAGCAUUGCGCGCAAGGGCCCUCUCCACCUUCUUGGACUUGACUUGGAUUUCCUCCCCUCCUUUCCUUUCCUUUCCAUUUUGUUUUUUGCCCCCAAAGGAGGACUCCAAGGAGAACUAGAGGGGGGUGGGGUCGGUGGGAAACCCGCACCCCAUUUCCAAAAAACACCCCCAAGCAGCAAGAAGAAGAACAUCUCCAAACACCUUUCCCUCCUGGCACUUUUGUCCUCCUUCCGCCCAGCUUUGAUUUGUUUUUAAUUUUUUCUCAUAUAUAUAUUUUGGGGGAAAGAAAAUUGCAGUGGAUUUCUCUUCCUUCCCCUGUUAUUAUUCCUUCCCUUCUUCUUUUUUUGGGGCAUCGAUCUCCAUCCCACCAAACCUCUCGGGCAUGAGUUAAACUAGCGAAAGAGAUGGACACCAAACAUUUCCUUCCCUUGGAUUUCUCAGCCCAAGUCAAUUCCAACUCCUUAAGUUCUCCGACAAGCCGAGGGCCUAUGAGCGCACCUUCUCUCCAUCCAUCCAUGGGGCCCACUAUCGGAGGCUCUCUGGGAUCUCCCAGUCAGCUCCAUUCACCCAUCAGCACCCUGAGUUCACCCCUCAAUGGCAUGGGGCCUCCUUUCUCUGUCAUCAGCUCUCCCAUGGGGACGCACUCGAUGUCUGGACCGUCCACCCCAGGUCUUGGGUUCGGAACUAACAGCCCACAGCUCAAUUCUCCCAUGAAUCCAGUGAGCAGCACGGAAGACAUUAAACCUCCCUUGGGGAUCAAUGGCGUUCUUAAAGUGCCAGUACAUCCUUCAUCAGCCAUGGCCUCCUUCACCAAGCACAUAUGUGCCAUCUGUGGUGACAGAUCUUCAGGUAAACACUAUGGAGUGUACAGUUGUGAGGGUUGCAAGGGCUUCUUCAAGAGGACAGUGCGAAAGGACCUAACCUAUACCUGCCGCGACAAUAAGGACUGCUUAAUUGACAAGCGCCAGCGGAACCGAUGUCAGUAUUGCCGGUACCAGAAGUGUCUUGCAAUGGGCAUGAAGAGGGAAGGGAUGGAGCACCAUCCAUCCCGGCCCACAAGACUCCCUGGAAGGCAGGAAGAACAAGCUGUCCAGGAGGAAAGGCAACGAGGCAAAGACCGCAAUGAGAAUGAGGUCGAGUCGACUAGUAAUGCAAACGAGGACAUGCCUGUGGAGAAGAUUCUAGAAGCGGAACUUGCUGUGGAGCCAAAGACGGAGACGUACAUCGAAGCAAACAUGGGCCUAACUCCAAACUCACCCAAUGAUCCAGUAACCAACAUCUGCCAGGCAGCAGACAAGCAGCUCUUCACGCUGGUGGAGUGGGCCAAAAGGAUCCCCCAUUUCUCAGAACUGCCACUGGAUGACCAAGUCAUCUUGCUCAGGGCUGGUUGGAACGAAUUGCUCAUUGCGUCUUUCUCACAUCGGUCCAUAGCUGUGAAAGACGGGAUCUUGCUAGCCACAGGCCUACACGUCCACCGGAAUAGUGCUCACAGUGCAGGGGUUGGUGCCAUCUUUGACAGAGUAUUGACGGAGCUGGUCUCAAAAAUGAGGGACAUGCAGAUGGACAAGACAGAGUUGGGAUGCCUCCGAGCCAUUGUCCUCUUCAACCCAGACUCAAAGGGGCUUUCUAAUCCCGCUGAGGUUGAAGCUUUGCGUGAGAAAGUGUAUGCAUCACUCGAGGCCUAUUGCAAACACAAAUACCCCGACCAGCCUGGCAGGUUCGCCAAGCUCUUGCUUCGUCUCCCUGCCCUCCGCUCCAUCGGCCUGAAAUGCUUGGAACACCUCUUCUUCUUCAAGCUAAUAGGGGACACGCCGAUCGACACUUUCUUGAUGGAGAUGCUGGAAGCUCCCCACCAAAUGACUUAAAGAGGCAAGGAGCUGUCCCUUCGUACCCAGCAGGCUUCUGGCCACCGCCACAGUGACGCCUCCCGUACCGCUGCCACCACUUCCUCCUCCUCCCUGGUGCAAGAGACACUGCCCGCUCUUCUCCGUCUGGCACCCUGCCUGGUGACAUUGUUGACUCAGUCCCUUUGCCGCUUUCACAAUCUCUGUGCAUCUGAGGAUCUGAUGAUUGGCUUUCGCAAUCCCUUUCACAGAUUUAGAGGCAAGCUGGUCUUUAAAUGUGCAAAAGGCACACCCAACCGCACGCCUUGCCCCUGCAUUGUGAGCCUGGCACCUCUUUCCUGAGCACAGGUGGAUUUCCAAACCGGUCUGCAAUUGGGGUCCCACUCAUCUCUCUUGUGUUUGUGGCUUUGGAUGUCCCUCGGUGCACACGCACACAUGAAAACACACACAGAUGCACACACACACAUGCACACACCGAGUUGUCUGGGGUGUAGGGGGUGGAUUUUAUUUGCUUGUGUCAUUACAGACAAGUGGACUUGUUGGAGAAUGAAAAGGAUGUUGUUUCCCCACCAAAAACAAAACAAAUAUGUACAGAGAAAACAAAUCCAUACAUAUAUGGAUGGAGUUUGGAUGGAGUCUGACUUAGCAAGAUUCUUCUGGAGCCAUCUUUUAUUUAAGAGUAAAGGAUUGUGGGAGAUGGGGUUUUUUUGUAUGUAGCAGGUUGGAAUCCCAUGUAGGCAUGAAGGGCAGUGUUAUAAUUCUCUUUUCUUUUUGUGUGUCUGUCCAAAAAGAAAUCUCUCAUUUUCAAAUGACAAAUCUAGAGGCUGCUUUAAGGAAGUGACACUCAGGGUUGCAAGUCCUUCACCAGCAUCUUUGCUUACUCUGUGAGCAAUAUUUUUAGUUAGGAUUCUAAUGGUCUUGUUCUGUAGUUUUCUUUAAAGGUCCCCUCUUGCUUCUACUGGCGCUAUCUCUUAUAUUAUCUUUUACAGACUUUGCUCCUGUGCCAUUAACAGCCGGCUACUAAACUGUGAUAUUCAGGUAAAAAUGUCCCUCUGUUGUUUACCAAAAAGCCUCAUUUCUCCAGAGGAUGUUGCUCUUGCAGAGUCCAGAUAUAAGAGUCAGGAUAAAAGAAACGGGUGGCAGCCCCGUCUCAGUGGGAUAAUUCUGCAUGUGAAGCAGGCUGUCCGUGUAUCAGCACUUUUAAAAGCAACUCUUUGUAAACCUGUCCAGUCUUUUUAGAGAGAAGGUGUGCUGUCCUCCUCAGCAGAUAGGAAAGAAGAUUCUCUUCUCCUUCAUUUUAUAAAGCCAUUCUGAACUGGGAGCCAGGAGAGACUGUGCAGUUGAGGGAAAGUCAAAGUUGUAGUCCAAAAAGAAGUACAUUUUUCUGAGUUCUUGUUCCAAGUCCAAAGCAUACCCUUUUGUCUUUCCUUUGUAAAAAAAAUAUAGAUUGGCAUUCUGUUUGGAUCUUGUAUCUUCAUCAAUGGCCAUACGUGUGUGCAAAAUUGAAUUGAGUAGAAUCAUAGUGCCGAUAUUCACUUAGGGUCCACCGUGAUAUUGCAAUGCACAUUGGUGGAGUGACUGAUGUGGACAUUGAUCUGCAUUGGGGUGGUCAUUCAUGCGCAUCUGGACACCAGUUAGGAAGUUUGAGAGCACAUUAGGAAUGCCCAAUUCACAUCAGAAGUGCCCAGUGUGCAUCAGACAUGCCUGGUGCACACUGGAGCACUCUUGCCACAGCCUGGAUGUGCAUCAUAACAGUUCAUUCCCAGGGUUUCAUUCCAUUUCUGCAAUGUAGUAAUAGAUUUGGAAAACUACAGAAUGUAGACUGUGGUGCAAAAUUUUGGCCACAAUAACUAUUCUUAUUACAGAUAUGGUCAUCCAAAUAUUUUGUGACCAAAGUACCAAGCUAAAUGCAACUCCCACCCACCCCAAAAGCCAUGUUGUACAGUGAUUAGCAAGCCCUUUUCUUUUGGCAGUCCUAGCAGAACAGCAGGGAACUCCAGAACAUUAAUGGUACCAAAAAGAAACCCCUAAAGAAGCCAUGUUUCUAGUCUGUAAGAGUAUGGAGCCCUUGCUGAAAGCUUUGACUCUGGGCCCGGGUGAUCAGACUGUCUCCAGCAGAACCCGCCUGUUCCCUUUUACAGGUGUCUCUCCGGCCCAUUUUUCUCUUCUUUCUUUAAAAAAAAAAAGCAGAAUAAACAGUGAAGGAGCCUGUUGGUUUUGUAGAAGAACGUGGCUAUUCUUAGUCAGUUGGGUUGAGGCCAAGAAUGAGGUGAUUGUGGCUGGCUCAGAACCAGGAGGUUCCCUGGGACACUUACUUGCUUGCUCUAGAGAGAGUGUGUCUGCUUGUGGGUAUACACACACAUACAAUCUCUCUUCCUCUUUCACACAUACACUUUCUGUGUUCUAUAAAUAUUCUGCUCUCCGUAGCAGUCUUGCCAUUAACAGCAGCUGGCUCUCUGCACAGAUGCCUUCUGAGAUCAUGGAGUACUGGAAUUAAAUUUUCGUCUGUGUUUUCCUCCAGUCCCUUUCCACAAUCUCUGCUUCCUCCCUUGGCACCCAUUUCCUCCUGGAAAAGCCUGACUAUUGCCACCUUAAAGUACAUGACUUGAACUCCUUAGUUUGCAUUUUCUGUCCUCUGUUUUGUGCUUGUUUAACUUUCCAUUGUGUCUUUGUGCUUUUCCUAUCAUAAUCAGGGUCAUGCCCAUGACCUGCCUCACUUUCUCACCUCUCUUUUCCUUUCCUCCAAUCUUGGGGUCUCUUGGUCAGUUGUAUCAUCCUAUUUUAGUGGCUGGGAGAGUGUUACCACCCUUGGAGAGGCAGAAAUGUGGGAACAGGGAUCAACUAUGAGAGUUCAGGAAUCCUUGGGCACAAAGACACUUGCAUUUCCUCCAACAGUUUGCAGAAGAACACCAGGACUGUGUGGCCAAGCAACCCUAGAGUACGAGAAAGAUGGCAGCAAGUUAUUCAUGAAGGAAGACACCCAAGCUAGGAUAGGUUGCAGCAAUUUGCUCUUGCCUCAGCUUACUGGGAAGGGAAAGGUUCUGCUCCAUCCUCUCUGUCCCUUGCUGUUAAAUGAAUGCAAACUAUGUGUUUUGAGUUCAGUUUGCAGCAAAUGAAGUGAGCUGAGGAGAGAGAGGGAAAGUGGGAGAAGGAAAGAGAAACUGGAACAUGUUAAAAGCAGAAAGAUUUUGGAAGACCGAGGAUUCAUUAGGACUGUCCCUGCCACAUCAGGACAGUUAGGAGUAUAUGCACUUGUUUGGAGAGACAACAUGUGGAGGGUUUAAGGGAGAGGAAGGGGAAAAACAUGAUGCAUUAAAGAGCCAUUAAAUAUAUAGAUGUCAUCACUGAGUGUCCUUGCAGGAGACAAAUGCUGCACAUUUUGCUCACAGAGGCCUGAUACUGGCAGUGUGGGAUGAAUCAAGGUCUGCAGAAGCAGAAACAAUGUCCAGUGUGAUGCUAGUUGCUCCUCUUGCCAACCACUCAAGUGGAUUCCAGCUUUCCUGUUAGUGUAAAAGAGAAUGUUUCCCAAGAUGGAGUAAAGCCACCCAGGUAAGAACCACGAGGGGUACCCAGUCCCUUGUGGAGCAAUGUGGUUGCAGGAAAUGGUGUGCAUGUGUGCAAGUGAUCACUUUUCAAGCCCAGGAAUGGAAAGGCUUCCCACAGACAUUCAUUCUCCUGAUAGCAAGUCACAUGUGGAUAUGAUUGCGGUUGUUUUUGGCUAGGAUUGUGGUUAUUGUUGUUGUUAUUAUUAUUUUAAAACAGUUUUCCACCGAUAUUUACUGGAUUUCUUCUCUCUGCAGCCUUCUGACCUCAAAGCUGGGAAAUGUUCCCUUUUUUCUGGGCUACAUCUUUUCCACUUUUGUGGAGUUGUAGUCCAAAAAAGAAAUGCUUCUGAGUUCUUGCUGAACUUUUUGUUGGGUUGACAGCAAGAACUGCUGAGUUGUAUAGAAGACAGAGCCCCUGUAGCUUGGAUAGUUAGCGGAUCCUGGGUUAGGAAGACUUACCGUCAGGGACAACAUCAUGUCUCCUUCCUUAGCCCACCAAAAAACACACCUUUUAGUUAUUGCAUCCCCUCCACAGCACAGUUAUUUACAGGCCAGAGGAAUGCAGGAAGAGAAAUGGAGAAGUGUCAAGCUCCUUUCUUGUAGCUGGACUGAUGUCAUAUGGGAGUCAAAGGUGCUGUGCAUCCUGGUCCAGGUAUGGAACCGGUGCUUGUGUGCCACAAUCCCUCCUGCUUUCCAUCAGCCAAUAGAUAGGUAUCUUGUAGGACAGGGGGGAACACAUCAGCUAAAAGACUUUUGGGGCUGAGAGAGAAGAUGUGACAUGGCUCUACCUGAUGGAAUUUUGUUGGAUGUCUUCCUGAUCCAGGAUUUGCCAGGGCUGGGCUAAAGGAGGGCAUUGCUCCCCUAUUAAGAUCUCUGCCUCCCAAAUGAAAAUUUUCUUCCUUUCCUGCACAUUUCUGGGCAUUGGAGUAACUGAAAAUGUCAGAAACAGGGUUUAAAGAAUGGAGUUCAUAUAUAAAUACUUAAUAUGUUCUCUAAGCCAUUGGUAUCUUUGCUCCUUAGUCAGAACCACUGCAUUGUACUAAUGUGCAGUGUGCCAUUGUAUUAUGCUAAUUCUAAUAGGUUAUGGUCCCAGACUCCAAAGAAUACGGACAGGCAAAGCGAUCAAGGGAAUGCAAACCCUGCAGGUAGAAGAGUUCCAGGUCUGAACAAAUUUCUAAGGCUACAUCCACAUGCCGAAAUAAUCCAGUUUCACAUGACUUCAAUUGCCAUGGCUCAGUGCUAUGGAACUCUGGGCAUGGUAGUUUGUUGGGACACCAGAGCGGAACUCAAAAUGGAGGACCUUUUGAAAUUGCUCCCAGUUACCCAACAAACUACCAUUCCCAGAAUUCCAUAGCAUUGAGACAUGGCAGUUUAAAGUGGUGUCAAACCGGAUCAUUUCUGCAGUGUGGAUGCAGUCUCACUCUUUAGAAAUUGGAGGAUUGAAGGAGGAACAGAGUUUCACUGGAGGGGCAGGAUUCUUAGUUUGGGGGCAAUGGUCACAUUCAUCCCUCUCCAACUAUUAAAGCUCCAGAAGCCCUGUUACAGAUACAACUCAGAGGAGGUCAGUCUCCCACCGACAACCAAUUGAACUCCUUGGCCCACAAAUCCAAAGAUCGAUGUUCCAUUUUUCCAGAAUGAGUCUACAGGGUGGUGACAUCUCUGUCUCCUAGUAAGAUUGCAUGAUGCAUUUUAAGUUGAUACAUAUGUGUGUGUACAUGUAUGUUGUAUAGAUAUAUACACCGUAUAAAUAUCCUCAUUCACAUAUACAUAUAUUAUAUCCACCUUUAGCUAUCUUUGUGUUCUCAGAUGUUUUUUUAAUUUUAAAUUUCUUGGUUUAUUCCCACCCCCAAUAUUUUUAUUUGCUUUAUGAAAGCAAAUAUAUAUAUUUCCCCAUUGAAACUGCCCUAUCCAUGCCCUUUUCCCACCCGAAGUUCAUGGUCACCAAUACUGGAUCUUUGUAACCCAAGAAGUGGGAAAUGUUGCAUCUAUUUUAAGAUGCCUUUUUUUUUUGGUGGAGGGAUCAGGAGGGGUCAAGAUGCAGCCGGCGGAUUGAAUAAUAGCUUUAGCCCAACGCUUAGGAAAACCGAUGCCUUCACUAUGGAGCGCAUAGCUUAAAAAGGAGAAAAAAAUAGACAAAAAAAUAAUUAAAAAGAACAUUUUAAAAAAGAGAAUAAGAAGGUAUGCAAGCUAUCUUAAAGCGUUGAUAAAGUUAAAUAUCUAUUUUUGUACAAAUGUAAUUUUAUCCCUUACAUAUUCUUAGGAAAAAAAAGGAUUUUUUGUUGUUGAUGUUGUUGUUUUGGAGGGGAGGGGGCUGUUUUUCUGCUUUUAUAGAAUUUGUUCGAAAUCUCUUAUUAAUACGUUUGGCUACGAACGCAUCCGUGCGGCGCAAAGGGAGACGUCUUUACGCGGAGAUGUCUUCGUCCAAAAUCUGUCCGGAAAUCAUUUUCUUUGGAACGAGUGGAUUUUUAAUCCCUCCCUGCUCCCCGGCUUCGUUUGGAAACACAAAAUGCAGCCCUUCGUUUCAUCCCCUCCGAACCUCCCCAGCCCCGCAGCAUUACCCUGCAGGUCUACUCUACUGUGAAAUCACUACCGUAUAUUAUUGUUCACUAAAAAAUAAAGUAAAUACAAAAAAAUAAAAUAAAAAUUCUGCUGGAAAUGCCAGUAUUUUGAAGAAAUGUAUUAGAAUUGUUUUAAAAAAAAAGGUAAAAGAAAAUAUAUGAGCAUUUUAAAAUAUGA